UUAUGUUGGAGUGUGUGUGUUUGAGUGUACUGCACCGCCUCAAUCUACUGCGCAUUUUACGAACCGACACCGCGGAUGCCGAAAUGGCCGCAGCCGCCCCGAACCCAGAAGACGCCGGCCGAGGCAGCGGCGGCCCGAGUGUGGCGAGCGCUCUAGCGGGGGACGGAGAUUCCGAGGAGGCCGAGGAGUUCGCCUCCGCGACACACUGCUCGGAGCUCUCCCGGCGGCAGAACGAGCAGCGGAAGCUCGGGCUCUUCUGCGACGUAACGCUCGCGUUCAGCAGCGCUGCCAACAGCUUCGAGUUCACCGCGCACCGCUCCGUCUUGGCCGCGGCCACCGAUUACUUAACGCCGCUGCUCGGGGGUCAGUUCUCUGAGUCGGUGUCAAGGCGGGUGGAGAUGAAGGAGUGGAGCAGCGAGGCAGGCCUUGACCAUGAGACGGUGGAGAGCGUCAUCCAGUUUAUGUACACAGGCGAGAUCCGAGUGAGCACCGCUAACGUACACGAGGUGUUGGAGCUGGCGGACAGGUUUUUGCUUGUGCAAUUAAAAGAUUUUUGUGGAGAGUUUCUGAAGAGAAAACUGAGCCUGGGCAACUGCGUGGCCGUUCAUAGCCUGGCGCACAUGUAUACUCUGGAUCAACUGGCUUUACGUGCUGCUGACAUGAUACGCCGCAACUUCCACAAAGUCAUCCAGGAUGAAGAGUUUUACACGCUUCCAUUCCACCUGGUCAGAGACUGGCUGUCUGAUGCAGAGAUUACCGUUGAUUCUGAAGAGGUUCUGUUUGAUGCUGUGGUCAAAUGGGUUCAGAAAAACUCAGAGGAACGUGCAAAGUAUUUUGAGGAGCUUUUUCGUCUCCUCAGGUUGCCACAGAUAAAGCCAACCUAUCUGACAAGAGUUGUGAAGAAUGAGCCUUUGGUGGCACAGAAUGCACCCUGCCUACAACUUGUGUCAGAAGCUGUCGAGGGUCACGCAAUCCGCUUUGAAAACCUAAAAUCUGCCGACACGGAGUUCUGGGCUUCUUAUAUGGCCACUUUCCAACCACGGUUUGGCCAGAACAUGGAUGUUAUCAUGGUGGUUGGAGGUGUGUCUGAAGGAGGCGACUACUUGAGUGAGUGCGUAGGGUAUUUUGUGUAUGAGGACCGUUGGGUCAAUUUGCCACACAUUCACAACCAUCUGGAUGGCCACGCUAUUGCAGCCACUGAUACACAUGUAUAUGUGGCAGGGUCCAUGGAACCAGGAUUUGCCAAGACAGUGGAACGCUACAAUCCAAAUCGCAACACCUGGGAACAAGUGAGCAACCUCACCACUCGCAAGCAUUCCUUUGGCCUCACCUGCAUCAAAAAUAUUCUGUAUAGUAUUGGUGGCCAUGGCAACUUCAGCCCUGGCUUUAAGGAUGUGAGUGUCUAUGAGCCUGAUCAGGACAAGUGGCACAACCUAGAGUCUGCCCCAAAGAUUUUGAGAGAUGUCAAGGCCAUUAGUGUUGAAGAUCGUUAUGUUUAUGUCACAGCACGAACACCUGUAGAUACCGACAGCGAUGAUGGGUUAAAGACAGUCACUACUCGCUACGACACUGACAGCCGCCAAUGGCAAGAGGUCGACUCCCUACCACUUGUCGACAACUACUGCUUGUUCCAAAUGGCUGUAGCGACCACCAAUUUCUACCACACUGCUUCAUGCUGUCCCAAAAGCUACACCAACGUAUGUGACGAUGUAGCUCGGCAGAAGAUUAGCAUAAGGAUCUCCGAAGAUAUUCUCGAGAGCCUUCCCCCCGAAGUUACCAGUAUUGAGGGUGCCGCUAUCUGCUAUCUUGGUGAUGAUGUGUUUGUGAUUGGUGGCUGGAAGAACAGUGAUGAUGUGGAUAAGCAGUAUCGCAAAGAGGCGUACCGUUACUGCGCGGAGCGCAAGCGUUGGAUGCUCCUGCCACCCAUGCCCCAACCGCGCUGUCGCGCCACUGCGUGCCAUGUGCGCAUCCCUUACCGCUUUCUUUACGGGUGCCAGCGCUACCCAAUGCCACAGAAUCUGGCACGCCAGCGGGACCGCAUGCAGCAAAUGCAGCAGUUGCACCGUCGCACAUUAACUUUGCGCAGACAACUACAAUCGCAGAUUGAAUGCUGAGUCUUCACUGGGGGUGAUGAAAAAUGCUGCUGAAAUGGGGAGGGUGAAUGAAAUGACUAAAAAUUAUAGAGUAUUUUUAAAUGUGACCGUUUGUAUAGUAGAAUUGUAUAAAAAGGAUAUGGUUGUACACAUCCAUAUACAUUAAAUGCUUUUUCAUGGCCUUGCAUGAAUUUGCCUUAAUUUAAGCUGUUGGCAGUUGCUGCUAUUUGUCAAUUUAUUUUAAGUCAUAAUGUCUGACAUGGUGAUGGUUGUCAUGGCUACUUUUGUGUUAUUUUUUUCCUUAGCAUUAUUCCAACUGUAACCAUUCACCAUAGCAAAGUAUCAUCAGUUCCAAACCGCGCUCAAAAUUUUUAAAGCCUACUUCUGUGACAGUUACUGUCUGUGACAAGAACCACUAAUUUAUUUCCUCCCUGACUUGUUCUUCAGUUAUUGGUUUUUAUAGUGAUACUUUCAAAUAGUUUUGGACUGAAAUGCAACGCAUUCACAGUCUUUAAGUCUAUUUUAAGUUUGUAUUUGAAAACUUAAGUUUGUAACUCGAUGCAGUGUUAUUUAUUUUUUUAGUGAAAGUGAACUGCAGUUGUACAUUCCUCAUUUUGAUGAGAUCAGAAUAUUACACAUACUGAUGGUACCCUAAAUGCAUUCCUUUUUCAAUGACAAACGCAAGUGAUAAUUUAUUGACUAAAAUUAUUUUUCGUAUCUUCAUCACAAUUUUUUCAUUCCUUUCUACAUUCCAGUCAUUUGUGUCUCCUGGUAGCAGUCUUCUUUUAUAUGUUUUUUGCAGUCGUACACAUUUGUGUGGGAUAAAUCAUGAUUCUGGGUUUCUUUUUUUUUUCUUAAUUACGAGACACUUGGUGCACUUCAAUGGGUGAAAAUUUGUGAAGUGCUCAUUGGCAUGACCACAAAGACCAGCUUAAUAGUCUUACUUUUGAUUGCUUGAAUAACAUUGAACCACUGUUGCAGACCAUACAAGUCUUAAAGUAUAUCAUUUUAGCUGAACUAGUGUUAUACUGCAAUGUUAAAAUCUCCACUAAAUGCGAGAUAGAGAUUGCUUUUGACAAUGUGUUUAUUGCUCUUGUCUGAAUGGUUUGCAGAGUUUUAUAGUAUUAUACUUAAAAAAAAAAAAAAAAAAAAAAAAACUUGGAACAUAUUAAGCAUUUUCAAGCAGUACUCUGCGUUUUGGAGACUGUAGAAUCAGUCUUAAAUAUUGUACUUGAUGGGAAUUGUACAUUUACUGUCUCUCAUGUUGAGAAUUGGAUUAAAAGUAUUUAAAGCUCUUUAUCAGUUAUCUUCCCGCACAGAGAAUAAGUUGUGUGUUUGUGUGUAUGGGUAAAACUUUCAAAUAAGGUUCUAUACAUUAGCAUUAGUACAUGCUACGGUAUCAUAAAUAAUGCAGCAUUUUUGUUAAUUUAUAAAUAUACUAUUGCUCAUUUUAAGUUUGAUAGUUGGUUAUGUAUUAAUGUUAACGUUUUCAACUUUUAAUAUUAAAAAUUUAUUAGUACAUGUACAAUUUUACAUAAACCAAUAUUUAUAAAUGCUGUAAAAUUAUUGUUCAUUGUUAGUUCAUGUUAUAUAGUGUUAACUAAUGCUAAUGUAUAGAACCUAAUUGUAAAGUGUUACCUUUGAUGGAGAAAGUGUUUGACAGAGAAGUCUUGUGGGUUUUCUUUUCCCCACUAUUGUUAUUGUAAUUUGAAGUCUUUUAAAGGCAAAUAUACAUAUUCGCAUGUGUUCUAAAGUAUGUGCAGCAAGUUUUGUGGAUUUAAGUGAUUUG